AUGCGAAGGCUUAUUCAAGUGUUUCCAGACCUUGUGCAGAAAUUAUGGAAUUAUUGGGAGCUACGAGUGUUGGUUCUUGUGAGUCUCACCUUGCAACUGUCUCUUCUUCUCUUGGGCAGUCGGAGAAGAUAUAGUGUUAAAACUUGGAUAAGGAUCAUUAUCUGGUUUUCAUAUCUAGGUGCCGAUUCAGUGGCAACUAUUGCGCUAGGUGUCAUUUCCAAUAAUCAAAGAAAUUCUUGUGAUGGCAAUGAUUGCCAAUUACAAAAUGAGCUCACAACAUUCUGGGCACCAUUUCUAUUGUUGCAUCUUGGCGGACAAGACACAGUUACAGCUUACGCAGUACAAGACAAUGAAUUAUGGUUAAGGCACUUCCUUGGACUAAUUGUUCAAUUAGGAGUGGCACUCUACACCUUUCACUUGUCUUGGAAGGGGAAUUGGUUGUCAUUUCUUACUAUUCCAAUGCUUCUUGCUGGGUUUAUUAAAUAUGCUGAAAGGAUAUGGGUGAUGCAAUUAGCAAAUAACGCUCCUUUGCCUGAACGUAAGCUCUAUGAUCCAAGCCCAGGGCAACGUAGAUUUCUUGAGGAAUUAGCAGAUGUAUACCUCUCAAAUCGUGAGAAUUAUCUAAAGCGUUAUGGAGAGAAUAUAGUUGGUCUUGAUGUGGACGAUAUUAGACCCAUACGAACAGAAGCAGUUCGGCUGUUUGAAGUUUUUAGACGUCUCUUUCUAAAUCAGAGGGUCCCCUUUCUUCAUCGGUUUUUGGUUGAUGGUGUCUCAGCUUCUCUUGAUUCUCAAAACACUUGGAAGGUGAUUGAGGUUGAACUCGGAUAUGCCUAUGAUGUUUUCUACACCAAGGCUCCUUUGUUUUUUACAGCUUGGGGUUUCAUCUUCCGUUUCUUCUCUUUUACUUCCAUCCUUUUUGUGUCUGUGCUUUUCCUUUUAAAAGAAAGGCACAAGCACUUGUCACAGACGGAUUUGAUUAUUACUUACGUAUUGAUGGUUGGAGCUAUUCUUAUAGAGCUAUAUGCUGUCAUUUUACUGAAUGCCUCUGAUUGGCCUUUGCCACAUCUUAAAGGGUUAAGGAAGCUUCUUGAGAAACUCUUUGCUCCGAUAAUAAACCGUUAUGAUAAACUGAUGACUAACAAAAAAAGGUGGUCUAAUUCAAUGGCUCAACUAAAUCUACUUUUAGCUUUUGCCUCAAAGAUUAUAAGUCUAAGGUUGACCAUGGAAACCCAAAACAUUUUGCUAGGUUGA